AUGACUACAAAGGUGAAAGGCCUCAUCAAAGGCAUCAAAAAGAACAUUUCUGCACGUUUUGAGGACGAAAAAGAAGAAGAAAUACAGAUCGGUGAGCCGACCGAUGUGAAACAUGUCUCGCAUAUUGGCUGUGAAACGGCUGUUGAAUCUCCGAGCUGGAUGAAAGGGUUUGAUGCAUCAUCAGAUACUCAAUCAAUAGAUUCAAGCCACAGGAGUACUCGAAGUGUGGAAUCUUCUCGAGACCUCCCAUCGGUUCCACGAGCAGCUAGAAACCGCCACCGUUCAAUGGACAACACUCUGGAUUCUUCUGACUCGUCACUUAAAGCUAGGCGUACAAGAAGAAAUCGAUCGUCCGAAGCUAGAAGGCGUACCGAAGGGGAGGAUUCAAAUGCAGACGUCCCAAAGAAGUCUUCACGACGUAGGAAACCAAAGGACGAAUCUGCAACAAGAUCAUCGUCCAAUCUUACAGACGAUUCCGAUCAUGGAUCAGACGUAUAA